AGGUGUGAGGAUGGUGGUCUGGUCUAUACAGAAGGUCCUUUUCCUGCCUAUUUUUCUGCUCUGGGUUUGGGCUUCUCCUUGGGGCUCUCAGGCUGGUGUGGUGUCUGACUUUAACCAUGCAGAGCGCUGUAAGGACUCCCUGUACAAAGGCACUCCUCCGCGGGGGUACCUCAACCCCUCCUACAAGAAGAUCUGCCAGAAGUACGAGGACAAGCCCCGCUAUGUGACGCUCUACGACUCCCAGAAAAGGAUCCCGGUCUACUCAGCGUACCUGUUCAAGAAGUCGGACGGAGAGAAGAAGGUGGACUUCCCCUGGAUGUUUGAGCCGCAGCUUGCGUCAGAGAAGAGCACCAGCAACAUGGAGCCAUUCCCUCAGUCCAGUAACAUGCACAUGAACUUCGAGGAGACGCAGGCCGUUCUGGAAGACUACAGCGACGUGGCGCAGUACGAACGCGCCCAGCUCAACCCGGACGAGCACCAGGCCGACCCGCUGGACAAAGCCUCCACCUACUCCCUGACCAAUGUGGUGCCGCACGUACGAGAGUUCAGCAUGGGCCCGUGGAGCCAGCACCUGGAGCUGCUGCGCAAACGCCUCAACAACUACUGCCGCGGGCCAGCCUACAUGGUGUCCGGCGUCACCACGUCUGGCCACACCAUCCGCCGCAACAACCAGGAUCGUGUGGCCGUGCCCGAGUACGUGUGGUCUGCCUACUGCUGUCCGGACUUCGACCAGAACGCUCCCUUCUAUGUGCGCUACAAGUUCCCUGUGUUUGGGGCGUACGGCCUGAAUGACCGCAUGAACAAUCACAUGGUGGAGACGCCGCUGAAAAACCUGGAGAAGUUCCUCAAGAGCCGCAUGGAGGUGGACAAGAACUUCCAGAUCUUUUAUGAUGACUGUGUAGCAGAGACCUGAGGAGAAGACAGGAGAAGGUCCAUAGGCAUAGGCAAGAAUAAUAUCAAGAAAAAAUAAACCCAGCUUUUCUCAAAUAAGUAAAUUACAAAAUGUUGUGUU